UUUCUAGAUAUGAAUCAGAAGCUUCCUAGGUAUUUUUGUAACACAAUGGAUUCUGAUUCUGUUAUUCAGAUUCAGUGUUUUCUUCAAAAGAAUGACGCUUUAUGACUUUGCCAGCAAUUUAAUAGAUUUUUGUCUUCUUAAAAGAAUAGAACUAAGAAAUAUCAAGAUUUAAAGCAUAAAUACCUUGGAACACUCAGAAGAGCAACAUGGGAGAAACUGAGAAAAGAAUUGAAACUCAUAGAAUAAGAUGUCUUUCCAAGUUGAAGAUGUUUCUGUUGGCAAUAACAUGUGCGUAUGUAUCCAAAACACUAUCCGGAUCUUAUAUGAAUUCCAUGCUCACACAAAUAGAGAGACAGUUCAACAUCCCAACAUCUCUAGUUGGAUUUAUUAAUGGAAGCUUUGAGAUUGGAAAUCUUUUGUUGAUUAUAUUUUUGAGUUAUUUUGGAACUAAACUGCAUAGACCUAUAAUGAUUGGUGUUGGAUGUGUGGUUAUGGGCCUUGGGUGUUUCUUACAAUCACUACCUCAUUUCCUCAUGGACCGAUAUGAAUAUGAAUCUACAGUUUCAGUUUCUGGUAAUUUGUCCUCAAACAGUUUCUUGUGUAUGGAAAACGGAACCCAGAGUUUCAAACCAACAGAAGAUCCAUCAGAAUGUGUGAAGGAAGUUAAAUCAUUAAUGUGGGUGUAUGUACUAGUUGGAAAUAUUAUACGUGGAAUUGGUGAGACUCCCAUCAUGCCUUUGGGUAUUUCCUACAUAGAGGAUUUUGCCAAAUCUGAAAACUCUCCUUUAUAUAUUGGGUUUAUAGAAACAGGAGCUAUCAUUGGUCCUUUGAUUGGACUUUCGUUAGCGUCAUUCUGUGCAAAUGUUUAUGUUGACACUGGAUCGGUGAACACAGAUGAUCUGACCAUAACUCCCAUUGAUACUCGUUGGGUUGGUGCAUGGUGGUUUGGCUUUUUGGUUUGUGCAGGGGUGAAUGUGCUUACUGCCAUUCCUUUUUUCGUUUUGCCCAAAACGCUUCCAAAGGAAGGACUAGAGGAUAUUGCUGAGACCAUUAAAAAUGACAAAGAAGAGAAACAAAGCGAAGUCAGGAAGAAAAGCGUUGGAAUCACUAAAGAUUUUUUACCAUUCAUGAAAAGUCUUUUGUGCAACCCAGUUUACAUGCUUUUCAUACUAAUAAGUGUGCUGCAAUUCAAUGCAUUUGUCAAUAUGAUCUCCUUCAUGCCUAAAUAUCUGGAACAGCACUAUGGAAAAUCAGCUUCAGAUGCAAUCUUUCUCAUUGGUAUUUAUAACUUACCUCCAAUAUGCAUUGGAUAUAUAGUUGGUGGUUUAAUUAUGAAGAAGUUCAAGAUUACUGUCAUACAAGCUGCCCACAUAGGAUGUUGGUUAUCUUUAAUUGAGUACCUUCUCUAUUUUUUGUGUUUUCUCAUGAUCUGUGAUAAUUCUUCAGUUGCUGGCAUAACCACCUCUUAUGAAGGAGUGCAACGAGAUUUACAUGUGGGAAAUGGCAUCCUUGCUGACUGCAACAUGGAUUGUAACUGUCCAACUAAAAUAUGGGACCCUGUAUGUGGAAAUGAUGGUUUGUCAUACAUGUCAGCUUGUCUUGCAGGUUGUGAGACAUCCUCUGGAACAGGAAUAAACAUGGUGUUCCAAAAUUGUAGCUGCAUUCAAACACCAGGAAAUUCAUCUGCAGUUCUUGGGCUAUGUGACAAGGGACAGGACUGUUCCAUGAUGCUCCAGUACUUUUUAAUCUUGUCGGUGGUCAGCAGUUUCAUCUAUUCUUUAUCUGCCAUCCCUGGAUAUAUGGUUCUCCUGAGGUGUAUCAAGCCUGAAGAGAAGUCUCUUGGUGUGGGAUUACAUGCAUUUUGCACAAGGGUAUUAGCUGGAAUUCCCGCACCUAUAUAUUUUGGAGCUUUAGUGGACUCCACAUGUUUACACUGGGGUACUUUGAAAUGUGGUGAGUCAGGGGCAUGUAGGAUAUAUGAUUCCACCAACUUCAGAUACAUCUACCUUGGAUUGCCAGCAGUGCUAAGAGGAUCAAGCUAUAUUCCAGCCUUUUUAAUCCUCAUUAUUUUGAGGAAGUAUCGUCUGCCAGAGGAAAAUGCCUCUUCAGAAACUAUGCUUGAGGCCAAGUUUACAGGGAAGGAAAAUGAGGGCAAAGAGACGGACCAAAAUUCCAAAGUUUUGAAUGAUGAUGAAUUGAAAACUAAACUAUAAUGCUCUUUUAUAUCAUGCUUCGCAGAAUUGGAGAACACACUACAACUUAAUUGUUUUUAAAAUCAA